ACAUCACCAUGCCGCAAGCUGCACACCAAUCAAAAGACUGAAUAAAAGAAGAAAUUAGAAAAGGCGCCUGUCGUUAGUUAUAGUUUGAGUUUUGCCUUGCCCAAGUAUGGCAAACAUCAACUUUAGUUCCUGCAUAAAUAAGUAACGAUGGAAUAAAGCUGCUGUAGGUGGCUUUCUUGAUCAGAGUGGCUAACACAAUCCGUACGCUCUCUGUGUGUACACAAAUAUGAAAAUAGUUUCUGAUAAUAUUGUUGUUCAAUCAGUUAUUUCUUGAAAAAACGAGGCGUUUUAAUUGAAAGCAGUAAUUAUAGUAUAGUAGAGUAGUAAAUGCGCUUGUUUACGAGGCUGUUCAAGAUUAUCUGACAGCAUUUCUAGAAUCCGUUAAUAAAACGCUGCUGUCAAACGUUGCACAUUAGAUUGAGCUCUGAAACGUUUUAUAGAGCAGUUUUAUAUAAAGCACCAGCGGCCGCUGCACGGUGACAUUGUCGUUAUCGGUCAAAGUGGAUGGAUUAAAAAGUACUGACGUGUCCGUAGGCGUGCGUUCACUACCGAAACUGGAGGGACACGUCUGUCGCCGCGCCUCCCAGCAUCUGGAUCAGGGAGUCGGCCGUCAACGCCUCGCAUUUGCUUUAUAAACAUGUCGCGAAACGGCCGAAGGUUCAAAUCUUUGAACGCGAAUAACGGGCGCGCGCUAGCCGGUUGUGAUCCGGUGAGAGCUGCGCGUGUGCGCGUGCUGCUGCUGUGCCUUUGCGGUGUGAUGUCACUGGCCAUGAUUCUGGGACUGUACCUGUCUGCAGAGCCCAGCAGCUCCCAUCAGCAUCAUGUUGCACAUCUCAUAAGGGACAGGAUUUCCCAUAAGCCAAGUAAGUACUCUGUGGCACAAGUGAAGAAGAUUGCAGCUCAGGUGGAUGGACAUCGACUUUGGGAGACUCACCUGCGGCCCCUGCUGAUUGAACGAGUGCCUGGGACAGUAGGCAGUCAGAAGAUACGGCAGCAUAUCUUGUCCCAGCUGGGUUCACUUUCUGCUGGAUGGACAGUGGAGGAGGAUUCCUUUGUUUCACCCACUCCGAAGGGUGGUGUCACCUUUACCAAUGUGCUGGCAGUGCUGGACCCCUCAGCUCCUCGUAGGCUGCUCCUAGCAUGCCAUCAUGACUCUAAAAUCUUACCCCCAGAUCCUAAAAAGCCAGAGCGGGUGUUUGUGGGUGCCAGUGAUUCAGCCGUACCCUGCGCUAUGAUCUUGGAGCUGGCCGCUGCUCUGGAUACACAACUUAAAGCCCUCAAAAAGCAGAGGUCUGUGGUGACAUUGCAGUUGGUGUUUUUUGAUGGAGAGGAGGCGUUUGAGGAAUGGACAGACACAGACUCUCUCUACGGUUCUCGUCACCUGGCUGAACUCAUGGCCCGCACCCCCCAUCCUCCUGAAUCCACCACAAUCACUCUUCUCCAGGCAGUGGAUCUGUUUGUCCUAUUGGACUUACUCGGUGGCCCAGAGCCAUUGAUUGUCAAUCACUUUGAUAACACGGCUAGAUGGUUUGACCGACUGAUUGCUGCAGAGAAGAGACUCCACAAACAGGGAUUGUUGACAUACCACCUAACAGAACAAAGUUACUUCAGGAAAGAUUUUUAUCUUGGUCCAGUGCAGGAUGACCAUAUUCCAUUUUUAAAUAGGGGUGUGCCUGUGCUGCAUUUGAUCCCCACUCCAUUUCCUCAGUUCUGGCACACACUGGACGACACCGAAGAGAAGAUGCACAGGCCCACCGUGGAAAACCUUACUAGAAUCCUGGCCAUCUUUGUAGCCGAGUACCUGAGCCUCUAAGCACGCUAUAUGAUGAUUCUACUGCAGACAUUUACUUGCACGGCCAUGAGUCAUGUGUUCAGAAUGUAGUAAAUGUGUCUGCAUUGUAGGAGUUGAGAAUAAUAAUUGAGCCAUAGCUCAGAAUUUCCAAAGACACACAACAUAAGUGUGUGUUGAUUUGGAGUGUGUGUUGAUUUGGAGUGUGAAUGGUACUGUACAUUCUUAAGAAAUACCUAUAUAUUGAUUUUCUUUUUUUCUCUGCUGAUAAGAGCCAUAAAUAAGGUAAACACUCAUGUUACGGCAGCUGUGAAUAAACCCUAAUGAUAAUGAAAUCAUUAAUGAGGAUUUGUUUCAGACAGUAAUUCAAAAGACUGUUGAAAAACUUUAUAUCAUGGCUUUGUGGCAAGCAAGAAAAAUAAUAUAUUUUUUUGCCCAUCUUUCAUACACAAUAUGUACUGAAUUAAAGCAACUCGAUACUGCAUUCAAACAAUGAUUUUCAUGUUUAGGAACACCAAGUGUUCUCAGGAAAGCAGUGGUGAACUAUAAAACAAAGAAAUUGUUUACACAAAUAACUUGUAUUAAGUGUGAAAUAUACAAAGUCCAAAUCUGUCAGUAGCAUUUCAGGUGACUUGAGAGGGAGAGAUUGCUAAAAUUUUUACAUUCCCAAGUCAUUUAGCUAUUACCAUUAUGAACUGAAAGACCAGGCGAAGGGUCUGGCAUUUACAUAAUAAACUUGGAACAGUGGCUGAGUCUCUUAGUUUUAUUGUCAUAUAGAACACAGUGCGAUUGAGCCUGUAUUGUGUUACAGAAAAUUAAACAGUCUGGUACUGUACAGUAUAUUAAUAUUUAUUUGUAUUUAUUUUUUAAAGAAGGUAAUUGGUAAGAAGUGGAUGCCAUUUUUAUUUGUUAUAGCAACUGAUCAAGAUAGACGGGGUUCUUACAGUCGUGGAAAACCUGAAAAUAUAAGGGAAUUUUGACAUUUUGAUUUCCAGGUCUGAAAAAGCCUCAAAGAAAUUUAAAUUGAGAAAAUCUAUUUUUCAAGGUCUAUUCUUAGUCUCAACAUCUUUCAUCACCUAUAAAUCAUUUUGUGAAAGCGAUCUAUAUGAAAUUAUUAAAAAAAUCCUUAUCCAGUCAAAAUAAGGACUGGAAAAGUCAUCAAAAUGCUUUGGUCAAAGUGAGUGGGAACCCUGGAUACAACUUGUGGGAUAUUCUUGCUGUUUUCAUUUCAAUUUAAGCCUGAACCCAUUAGGUUCUAUGUACUUGAAAUGUUUCUACAAAUCAACUUCAAAUACAAGUGGGCCAGAUGGAAAAAAUCUCUAGGGUAUGUGGGCCAAGCCAGAAUAUUUUGUUAAUGAAAACUUCUAUGUUAUAUUGUGUUAAAGUAGGCCUAUAAUUAUUGUUCUCUAUAUAAAUAAAACAUCAAAGGGGGCAUCAAUUAAAAAGUGCUUUAAAAUUCUUCCAUAACUGAGAAAGUAAAUCUGACUGAUACUAAAAAUGCUAUUGAACAAUAACAGUGAAGUUUGUUAUAGAUGCAAUGAUUUAAACUUUUGACUUUUCAA